AUUAGUGCUAGAUAAAAAGGUAUCAUCUAGAGGCAAUUGACGUUUUCUGGUAUAAACGUGAGUCUGGCUGGAAGAAGAAAUAGCUGUCCAAGAUUUUGAAAUGAUUGCCUAUUUGCUUUUGGCAUCGUUUGUAUGCACGACAUGGUCGCUUCAGCUCGAAAAAUUCGACAAGGGAUAUGUCUUUCAAGGUGACAUGAUCAUGUCAAAAAACGAAAUCGAUGCAGCUCUGAAUGGCAAAGAUGUUGAUAAUCCAACUGGUGACGUCACUUUUGGAUUGAUGAAUGAGGCUCGUAAGAAAUGGCCGAAUGGUGUUGUACCGUAUGUACUUGCAGACAGCGUCAAGAAUGCUGCUUUAAACAAAGUUGGGCUCAAAGGCCCCGCAGAAAAGGUGAUUCUAAGUGCAAUGAAGGAAUGGGAGGAGAAAACAUGCAUAAGAUUCAAACCCAGAACAGACGAGCGAGAUUACAUUGAAUUCUUUGAUGGUGGUUUCGGAAGAUGCAAUUCAUAUGUUGGACGGAUUUACGGCAAGCAGAAGAUUUCACUUGGAUACGGGUGCCUUGCUCACGGUGUUGCUUUGCACGAAAUCGGACAUGCAUUAGGCCUUCAUCAUGAGCAAUCUAGACCAGAUCGAGAUGACUAUGUUGAAAUCCUGUGGGAUAACAUUCUGGACGGCACCAAGUACAACUUCAAGAAAUAUACGCACAGCCUUAUCGACAGCCUUGGAAGCCCUUACGAUUAUGGGUCUAUAAUGCAUUAUGGGAAACGUGCGUAUGCUAAAUUGCCAUCGCAGACGACCAUUCGGCCUAAGAAUUCAGAUGCAAGUAUUGGGCAAAGAAUAAAGUUAAGUGAACAAGAUGCUAUUCAGAUUAAGAAACUAUACGGCUGUGUUUGAGUAUAAUCUAGUAUCUUGGAUUAAACAAAGAUUGAUAUGUAGAAUACCCAAAAGGUGCUAACAAGUUGAGCUUAAA